CACACACUCAAGAAGUGAGGACAACCUGAGAUAAAAGGAGUUACAAAUGCCUUCUUCUUUUACUUCCUCAUCUCCAACUCUCAUCUCUAGAAGCACUGUUCUUCCAGAACAGAAAUCCUCAAUUGGGUUUCUUAAACUCUCUGUCUCCGAUCUCCCCAUGCUUUCAUGCCACUACAUACAAAAGGGUCUUCUCUUCACUCGCCCUCCUCUCCCCAUCGACUCUCUCAUCUCUCUCCUCAAACGAGCCCUUUCUCAGACUCUCUCUCAUUUCCCACCUCUCUCAGGUCGUCUCAUCACUGACUCUAAUGGCUACGUCCACGUGUCCUGCAACGAUUCGGGCGUUGAUUUCUUCCAUGCCAAUGCCACCUGCCUCUCCCUCCGUGACAUCCUGUCCCCUCUCCAUGUACCUGAUUCCGUCAAGAAUCUCUUCGCAUAUAAUAACGCCGUCAGUUACGACGGCCAUUUCAACCCCAUAACUGCUGUCCAGGUGACGGAGCUAGCUGACGGCAUCUUCAUCGGAUGCAUCGUUAACCACGCGGUGAUGGACGGAACCUCUUUCUGGAACUUCUUUAACACCUUCGCUGAGGUUUGUAGAGGAGUGAAGAGAAUCUCGAGACAACCUGAUUUCAGUCGGAAUUUCGUGAAAGAUUCUCCGGUUGUUCUCAGAUUCCCUGACGGACCUCCUAAGGUAACGUUCUCUACGGACGAACCGUUAAGUGAAAGAAUCUUCCAUUUUAAUAGAGACAAGAUUCUCGAACUCAAAGCCAAAGCUAAUCCUCCCUCGCGCAAAAGAAUGGAAGCUGAGAUUCUUGGGAAGCAGAACAACGAUGGUUGGAAGGGUAACAGUAACGACAAGAUAACGGCCGUGUUAGAAAGCUUGCUAUGGCACACCGUUUCGAGAGAAACGGUUACGGAGGUUGAGGUGGUGGAGGAGGAGGUCGUGGUGGUCUCGUCUUUCCAGUCUCUCUGCGCUCAGCUAUGGCGUUCAGUGACACGUGCGCGAAAGUUCUCGUCAACAAAAUCCACUACAUUCCGAAUGGCUGUGAACUGUCGUCACCGGGUGGAGCCACGUGUCGAUCCGUACUACUUUGGUAACGCAAUCCAGAGCAUCCCAAUCAUUGCUUCCGCUGGGGAGAUAUUGUCUCAUGAUUUACGAUGGUGUGCCGCUUUGCUAAACCGAAACGUGAUGGAGUUCGACGAUGCUACUGUGCGCCGUGGAGUGGAGGAGUGGGAGAAGAACCCAAGGUGUUUCCCACUGGGGAACUUUGAUGGUGGAAUGAUCACUAUGGGGAGCUCACCUAGAUUCCCUAUGUACGAUAAUGAUUUUGGGUGGGGCCGACCGAUGGCGGUCCGAAGUGGUCGAGCCAACAAAUUCGACGGAAAGAUCUCUGCGUUCCCGGGUAGGGAAGGUGGGGGAAGUGUGGAUCUUGAAGUGUGUUUGGCACCUGAAACUAUGGCUGGGUUGGAGAGUGAUAUGGAAUUCAUGCAAUACGUAUCAUAAGAGAAAGUGUGGGCGUAGCAUAUGCCACUUGUACUAUGUGUUGUUAAUGUCGUAUUUAUAGGAUGGAUGUGGUUUCGUAAUUUUUGUAUAUCACUUUGCUAUAAUUGGAUCAAUGAAAGAAAAAUUAUCAUC